AUGGCGUCCCUCGCCACUAAAACCAAGCCGCCAAAGAACGGCAUAAAAAUCAUCCACGCAGGUCUAUACCGCACAGGAACUGCUUCCAUGGCCGCAGCAUACCGGAUCCUCGGCUACAAAGCCCAUCACGCUCUACAUAACGAAUGGCACGAACCCUGGAUCAAACUCGAGCAAGCAGCAGAAGCUACCUUUCCUCACCUCAUCAAGCUCCCAGACUACACUCACAAAGGACCUCGCCCACAGUUCACAAGAGAAGAUUGGCAGAGUUUGUGGGGUGCCUAUGAUGUCGCCACUGAUAUAGCGUCGACGUUCACGUUGGAGCUCAUCAAAGCGUAUCCCGACGCAAAGGUUGUUAUUGUUCAGAGGAAGUUUGAAGAUUGGUGGCCUUCGUUUCAUUCGGAGAUAUUAGUCUCUGUCUUUGAAGCCACUUGGCUUCAGAAGUUCUUGACGUGGUAUGUCUUGCGUUUUCGAGCUUUACAUGCCAUGAGGAAGAUUCUCGCUGGUUUCUUCUCUGUGAAUGAGUUCUCUGUCGAGGCCAUCACGCCUGAUAUUGCAAGGAAUACUUAUGAGGAAUUUUACACCAAGGUUCGGGAAGCUGUACCAAAGGAGAGACGGCUGGAGUAUUCUCUGGGUGAUGGGUGGGAACCGCUUUGUGAAUUCUUGGGAAAGGAUAUACCGGAUGUUGAAUUUCCGAGAGUCAAUGAUCGGAAAACUCAUAGUAAAGAUAUGGAGCGGCUCAUGGCGAAGCUUAUGAGGGUUUCGAUGGGGGUUCUGGGACCUUAUCUUGUUGCGAUUCUUGCCGUUGCUGUUGUGUUUUAUGCCUGGUAA